AUGGUUCCCGGCGCGUUAAUCCCGGGGGAAGCCGUAUUGUUGUUAUUGGCGGUUUGCGGGGUGCUUUCGGGAGGUUGGAACGAAGCCCGGCCCCGGGGCUUGGGCGUUUGUUCGCCGUUGGUUAUAAUUGCGUCCAAUAAAAAGGGUUUAAUGGAAGUGCGUUGGCUUUUGUCCGAGCUAUUUUUUGGUGGUUUUUUUUCGGGCUUGGAUUUGUUGCAAAAAGUUAGCGAGGUUUUUUUGGGUGGAUUCGAUUUGUUGGGCGAGGCUAUUAAGGGCUUGCUAAAAGGUAGCUUUGUAUUGCUAGCUUGUUUGGGUAAGGAUAAAACGCGUAAAAUUGCGCGCGUGGUCCAGGUUUUCGGUUAG